CAUGAAUGCGUAAUGAGGUAGUUUUAGUCGCCCCUUCGCUUUCGCUAAACCGUUUGCGAGAGGCUAUAUUUCUCACGACUGCUACACGAAGCUAGCCUGCUAGCUUGGAUAUUGCUCUCGUAUUUCCAUCACAACCUCCAAGAAACGCUUGUUUCUGAAGGAGAAAGCUAUCAUCUAGAAGAAAAAGUCGGAGAAGGAUACAGGGAGUGUAUCUUCGGAGAGCAUAAGAGAUGGCGAAAGCAAUAUUCUUGACGGCGUGCCUCCUGAUUCUGCAGCAGGCAUUUGCCGCCGAAAUUUCAAUCGGGGCAUUCUACGGUAUGAUGACCGACAAGGACGACGAGUACAAACGAAUCAUCGACGACGCCGUCGAUUACGUAACCAGACAAGCAUGGAGCAAUCAAAACACCCUCCGAGUGACCCACUUUCAACCCGACACGAACGCCCUAGGAGAACCGGAAGUGAGCACCAAUAUCUUCCAGGCUGUCCAGAUUGAGGUAUGCGCCGAUGCCCGCAGCAGUAGCCUUCGCGGUAUCGUGCUGCCUCACGACAUCUGCAUGGAUUGUAACGACAUCAGCGGUGUUAUCGGCGACGCCAUCAACCCAAUGGUCGCCAUUGACCUGGCUGGCGGAGAUUACUCCAUCAAGCUCUACCCCGAUGUCGAAGACCUCGUCGAUAUGUUUGCCGAGGUCAUCAACUACACCAAGUGGCGCGAUUUCCUCCUCAUCUACGACGGCGACAACGCCCAAGGAAUCGUGGAGGAGAUGACCGCCCAGGCCAACAGCCGAAACCAGACCAUCCAGAUCCUUCCUAUCGGUGAUGACAUGAUGGAGAUGCAGAAGACCAUCGAAGAAAGUUCCAUCAAGAACAUUCUCCUCUUCUGCCAGUACGAGGAGAUCUGCCUUGAUGUUGUCAAAAUGGCCAUUGAUGAAGGACUUAUGAUAGAUGGGUACCAUUGGUUCCUUGGCAAUAUUGACUUACCGCUCACCUGGGACGAAGUCCGGCAGAUCCGUCUAGACGGCGCCUACAUCACCCGUCUUCAGAUGAACAAGCAGGCCAACGUCAACGUCAGGUACACCACCACCCGUCCGGAGAACCAGGAGGAGUGGCCUUUCCGACUCAAGAAUGCCUACGACGCCGUCGUCCUGUUCGGCGAGGCCUUCGAAAGCCAUCGAGCGCGCACGGGGUCUUUCCCGACUAAGGUUGCCCAGUGCCCCACGGCUUCGGAUACCUUUACGCUCUCCUCUGUCAUGCAGGAUGUCAAAGAAAUCAACUUCGAGGGUUUGAGUGGCCACAUCUCUUUUGAUGAAAAUUACCGUCGAACCAACUACUCCAUCACUGUGCACCAGGGCAAAGGUCAAACCGUCUACUUCUACACGGACAAUCAGUACCGAGCUGCCGGUGAGUGGGUACAGAGUAUCCCGCUAUGGCGCCAGGCUAACCGCGGUAUGACUUGGCCUAACCCCGGUUCACGACUUAACAUGUACGAGUUCAGGAAUGCUGAACUGAAGAGCAUCAUUGUUACGUCAUUGGAGGAAGCCCCAUACCUUAUCGACAGCGGUCAGGGUUUCAUCGGAUACAUCCCCGAGCUGCUGCGAGCCAUCAAGACCGUAAUGGAGAACGAACUCGGGCUCCCCUUUGACUAUGAAAUCGAACUGGUAAGCGAGGGCCAGUACGGACGUCUCGACGCUACCACUGGCAGAUGGAGCGGUCUUAUGGAGAAGCUUGUUGAAGGGUACGCUGAUAUCGCUGCUGCUCCCAUGGCUGUCACCAGUGAGCGAGACUUGUACAUCGAUUACACCGUACCCUUCCUGAAGAGUGACUUGGGUAUCCUGAUCGAGCAUCCUAGCUACGUCUGGGAGCACCCCUUCGUGCCAGUGUUCCCCUAUGACUGGAACGUCUGGAUCUGCAACUUCGCCGCCCUCUUCGUCAGCGGAAUCUUCCUCUUCCUCAUCUGCUACUUCAGCCCCUACGAAUGGCGAGCGAAGUCGCAGCGGGGCGAAGCCACCCCCGAGCAGGGCGAGAGCUUCAAGUUCACGAACACGGCCUGGUAUAUGAUCACCACCAUGUACCUGCAGAGUUAUGAUGUCUCCCCUCGCUCGAUGGCUGGACGCAUCCUCAGCGCCUUCUGGUACUUCUUCAUGCUCAUCAUGGUGUUCCUUUACCUCAUCAACCUGACCCCUUUCCUCAAGGCAUCCAAAGGCAUCAUCCAAGUGCGCGAUGUUGGUGAUCUCUUCGAUCAGACCACCGUCGAUGUCGGUUUCGUCAAGGACAGCUCUGCCUACGACUUCUUCCGCGAUAACCGCAUUCCCGAAUACAAGCGCCUCUGGGAGACCGUUCAGUCGGCCGUGUCCAUGUACCGUGACGACAGCGGUAUCGUCCUCGAGGUGGAAGAUGGUGUCGAACGAACCAGGUAUUCGAACGGCAAGUACGCCUUCAUCCACGACCGACGCGUUCUGGAGCAAGGCUCCAAGCAGUGGCCAUGUAAUUUGGUCAUUACUGGGGGAAGCUUUGCUACUGUGGAAUACGGGUUGGCUGUUGCUUCAGGGUCACCCUUGAGGGAUCAGCUGUCCUGGUGUGUCGAACGGCUCAUGGAACGUGGUGUCUUGGAAGAGAUGUGGAUCAACGACACCUGGGUCGAUCCUCAACGCCGUGGACCCUGCAACAAUCAACGUAUGUCUUACUGGGAGCGGCAGGCUCUUUACUCGCUCACCGGCGCCGAUCUACAGGGUAUGUACUACCUCAUGAUCAUCGGCAUGGGUUCGGCAGUCAUCAUCUUCGCGUUCGAAGUCCUUGCCUUCCAGUUAGGUGUAGGUGCCAACGCCCCGCGGGUCAGUCGGAACGAUGCCCAUGAAAUGCGCCGCCCACAGGCCGCUUCAUCGGGUGGCGGCAUGGGCGGUGGCAUGGGCGGUGGCAUGGGUGGUGGUGGUGGUGGUGGUGGUGCAAGUGGUGGUGCCAACGACGGGAAAAUGUGGAUCUAGCCCCUUCCCCUCCCACAUCUCCCAGCACUCCUUUUAUUAAGUUUCUCUCUUUUUCAUUUCUCAACGUACAGUACUCUAUUUCAGUUUUUCUACUAUAGUAUCUAAAAAUGUGUUCGGAUUUCAAGAUUCAGUUUAAUAUGGCUUAGUUUGUAAUGUUUAAUAUUGUUGGAAAUAAUCCAAUAGUUUAUGAUAGGGAAAAAAAAACAUUUUUCAAUCCUCUGUUUUUAAAAAGUAACUUAGUUGAAUAAGACGUGUGUGUUUCAUUUAUCUUUUAAAUGAAAAAAAAAACUAUUUUUAUUAUAUUCCUUUGAUGUUAGUUGAAAGAAUUGCCUAUGUCUGUCUCGAACAAUGGCUGAAACUCUUGUUACAUUUGUAUGGUUCCAAGUGAGAAGUCCUUCACCCAUAUUCCACCUUUUCUGUAGUUCUGUCGGCUUUAUCAAUAAAUACGUCUUUUUAUCAGGAUUUGAAAA